AUGAUUAUUCCCCAAGAGAUUUCCGAGGCUGCCACUCAGGUGGCUACAAAUUUACGCCCCUAUGAGACUAACCACAUGCCGUUGCCGACUGUGAUUCCGGAUAUCCCUCGUGUAUAUCAUCAAACUUCUAGCGGCGUAGGCCAUAGGACCUUAUGGGUUGUCUGCGUUCUAAUGGGGUUAUCCUCACUAGCCUUCUAUAUCAUGGCUAUGAGAGUUCCUGUGCAAAAACGCUUGUUCCAUGUCAUAACAGCUCUGGUCACGACUUUUGCAUUCUUCUCUUACUAUGCCAUGGCUACGGGCGAUGGCAUAACCUCUCAUUCUUACGUAACUGGGAGGUCAAAGCAUGGUGCCGUCACGGAGAUUGUCGAGCGUGAUAUUUACUGGGCUCGUUACGUCGACUGGUCGCUCACCACCCCUCUCCUCCUGUUGGACCUAUCUCUUCUUGCUGGCCUUAACGGCGCAAGCAUCUUAGUGACUGUCGUCUCAGACGUGAUCAUGAUCUUAGCUGGUCUUUUUGCCGCCUUAUCGGGGGAUGAGGCCCCAGCAUGGGGAUGGUAUGCCUUCGCAUGCAUUGCCUACCUCAACAUCGUCUACCAAGUUGGCUAUAAAGGACGCCAUGCAGUAUCUGCGAAGGAUAAUAAAACGAGGGCUUUCUUCGGAGCUAUUUCCAUCUUCACCCUCUUACUAUGGACCGCAUACCCAAUUGUAUGGGGUAUUGCUGAUGGAAGUCGUCGCGUAAAUGUCGACGGCGAAAUUAUCGCCUAUGCUGUCUUGGAUGUACUUGCAAAGGGAGUAUUCGGCUUUUGGUUACUCGUAACCCAUGACAGUAUGGCCCAGACGGUACCAUCCAUUGACGGGUUCUGGUCCAAUGGUAUCUCGCACGAGGGAACUCUUCGCGUGAGUCUUGCUCCUCGUUUGAAAAUGUUUCUAGCAUCCGCUAACGAUAAAUCAGGUGGGAGAAGGACGCACACUAGGCAAUGA